AUGCAAUUUGAAUCAUCAGAUUUUGCUGAAAUAACACCAAAAGAUGUAGAGGCAAAUAAACCAAUUGUUCGUAUUAGAAAUCUUCCAAAAAUUCUUGACGAAUAUGAUUUACGAAGAUAUUUCUCUCAAUAUGGAGAAUUAAAAGGAUUGGCCAUUAAGAAAACUGAUUUUGGAAUAAGUAAAGGAACCUGUGUUGUUAAAUUUGCUGAUUGUGUAGUAGCACGUAUUGUAGCAGAAACAUUAAAUAAUCAUAUUUUAGAAAAUCAAUUACUUCAAACAGAGUUAUGUGAAGCAAAAAAACGUAGAUUUCAUUCAACCUAUCCAGUUCCAAAAGGUCAAAGAAAAACAGAACCAAAGAUAAAAGUUAUUACUCAAAAAGAUGUUGAUGAAAGAAAAGCUUCAAAUGAAGAAUUAAGAAAGAAAUUAGAAGAACUUCAUAUUGAUUUUGAUUUCCCACAAUAA